UGAGUUUUCCCCAAACUGAAGGAAUUAUUGUAUUGAGAGAUCAUUUUCAGAUUGGAUUAACACUUUUGGAAUAUCAUCACUAAAAUCAAUACAACAGCCUUUUACAACAUACUCUGCCAAACGCAACUGAUCUACAUCAACUAGUAUUUGGUGCUUUUGGAGGAUUUUUUUUUCAUACUUUAACCCGGGAUUAUUUGCCUCAUGGCGAACUCCUGUCUUCAGAUGUGCGGUUUUCUGCUCAGCUUCAUUGGCUGGGUGGGCAUCCUGAUCGCCACGGCCACCAACGACUGGGUGGUGACGUGUAAAUACGGCAUGAACACCUGUAAGAAGAUGGACGAGCUGGGAGCCAAAGGCCUAUGGGCCGAGUGCGUCAUCUCCACAGCCCUGUACCACUGUAUAUCUCUGACCCAAAUCCUGGAGCUGCCAGCGUACAUCCAGACGUCGAGAGCUCUGAUGAUCACGGGCUCUAUCCUGGGUCUGCCUGCGGUGGGUCUUGUCCUCAUGUCCAUGCCCUGCAUCAACCUGGGCGGAGAGCCGGAGAGCGCUAAGAACAAGCGCUCUGUCCUGGGGGGCGUCCUCCUGCUCCUCGUAGCCAUGUGUGGGAUCAUAUCGACCGUGUGGUUCCCCAUCGGAGCCCACCAGGAGCAGGGCCUCAUGUCGUUCGGCUUCUCCCUGUACGCCGGCUGGGUGGGCGCCGCCCUCUGCCUGCUGGGGGGCUCCCUCCUCACCUGCUGCUCCUCAGAGUCCCAGCACCCCUACCAGGACAAUGGACGUUUCUACUACUCUAAACAGGGGGGGCCAAACCAGCCCCCCCCCUCCUCCAACCAUGCCAAGAGUGCCCACGUCUGAGGUUUAGGCCAACGACAAGCCUAGCCAACUAGCCAAGACA